AUGGACAGCGAAGACCGAAUAGAAAAUGUGAAAAUAGAAAAUAUAGAUAUAGUUAGUCUAAAAAUUUACUUUAUUGAAUUAGACACUUUAGAGGAUUUCUGCGAUUACCUCGUAGAUUGUUUUAAGAAGGAACAGAAAUUUUAUUUAGAAGAUGAUAAAUUUAAUAUGAUAAUGGAAGAAGAGGCUAAAUUAGUUAAUUCCAUUUAUGAAAUAAGUUCUAAUAUCAAGAACAGCUAUGACGAUAUUUUACAGGCUUUUGAAAUAAGGGCUACUGAAAGGCAAAGAAGAAGAAGAGUUGCCAUUUCAAGAGAAUUGAAUAAGAAACCAAGAGUACUAAAAGAUAAUUAA